GGCCACUAUAAAUACCAGGUAUAGGAACAGGAUCUACACACAUACACAGCAUCCAGCAACAGCAUCUCCCAUCGACUGAGCAGUGUCUGCAGCACAAGUCACAAUGUCUUAUCCAAUCAGUGCUCAGCCCCAGGGUGUUCAAGGCUAUAUGACCAGUAACAGCAGCCAAUGGAAUUCUGAUGUCUUUGACUGCUGCGAAGACAUGGGCGUCUGUCUAUGUGGAACUUUCGUACCCUGUAUUUUGGCUUGUAAAGUGUCUCAGGAUUUCGGAGAGUGCUGCUGCCUGCCAUGUUUGUUCGGCUCUAUUCUUGCCGUAAGGACAGGAAUAAGAGAACGCUACCACAUUGAGGGUUCUAUCUGUAAGGACUGGGUGUGCCUCUCAUUCUGUGGCCCAUGUGCUCUCUGCCAAAUGGCUCGGGAACUAAAGACCAGAAACUGAGAAGAUUAGGAGACUGGGAGAGGGUAUGGACAGGACAAUAAGGACUUUUGUCUGAAGGAUCUAACAACUUCUUAUCGGUUGAUAAAACAAAACUACUGGACCCAUAAAGACCCUCACUUACCUCCCGCAUGCAUCAAUGCAGCUAAUUACACAACAUCAUAUUACUUCCUUUAUGUAUAUAUAUACACACACAUGUAUCUACUGGAACUGGAUAUCAAGAGAAGUAACCGCAGAAUAAAUGGCAACGUUUAAAAGGUGGCAACUGAGAGAUAAACAAGAGUCCCUUCAUCCUUUCCAAAUAUGAGAGGCCAUUAGUAGAUGUUUAUUUUGUAAUGUUAAUUAUAUCUUAGACAAGGCUGAGGCUCACAGCUUUUAUAAAGUAGAAAACCUCUGUACCUGCCAAUAUCAGCCCAGCUUUCUGACUUUGGCUGACAUGAUGGGAGUUGUACUGGAACACAAUUCAUAGAGCCUCCCUGAAGAGGACCUGAAGUUUCCAACAUAAGCUUAGCCCAUGUCCAGAGUGACAUCAGUACACAAUAUUUUAGUGGGAUCAAAUAUUAACAUUUAUUCAUUAUCAUGGUUUGGGAAGUUUGCUUUUGAAAACAUCAGGGAUAUCAACAAGAAAGUCCUCAAGCCAAUGGCUGUACUAGUAGAUGCCGUUCAGUCUCAGGUUGAGAUACAUUAGGGACACCCUUACUUACAAUCUAUCUUAAAUAUACUGCAACGACAUUAUCAUCACAUAAUGUAUACCUGAGCAACAGUCUGUAACAUCACUCUGGUUUUACUUGUUUAUGAAUUAAAUAUUAAUAAAUAUUUUUGUAAUUAA